CCCCGCCCCCGCCCCCGGAGCCAGCCCGCGGAGCCCGCGGCCAGGGCGGCGCAGACCGGCCCAGCCACUCGCCCCGGCUGCGCGCCGCGACGCGCUGCCGCCGUCCCUGCCGCCGCGUCCGCCCCCCGGCCCCCGGCCCCCCGGGGCUCGCCGAGCGAAGGUCUCUAUCGCUGGGCAGAGAGGAGCUGUCCACACUCGAGGCACCACUCAUACCUUCCCUGUUCUUGGACAGAACACCGACAGCUGCUUCCACGGGGCCGGGAGCCAGGCCCCAGGGAGAGACCAGCCAUGGGCCUUCCACAGCCUCAGCAUUUGGGGGCGACACCUUAGGAGCGCAGAGGGGGCAGCCUCCAUCCACCCCCUUUCACGGGGAAGGAGGGAGCUGAGAAGUGGACCCUGCGCCCAGGCCCCGGGGGGGCAUGCACCAGCCGCUGUGAAGAGCCAGAGCUGAUGCCGGGCCCCCAGGGGGCUGGAGGAGCCCCUGCCAUGAGCCUGGGCAAGCUCUCUCCCGUGGGCUGGGUGUCCAGCUCGCAGAGCAAAAGGCGGCUGACGGCAGACAUGAUCAGCCCCCCGCUUGGGGACUUCCGCCACACCAUGCACGUGGGCCGUGGUGGGGAUGUCUUCGGCGACACCUCCUUCCUCAGCAACCAUGGUGGCAGCUCUGGGAGCACUCACCGCUCACCCCGAAGCUUCCUGGCUAAGAAGCUACAGCAGGUGCGGAGGGUAGGGGCGCCGCCGCGGCGGCUGGCCUCCCCGCCCGCACCCUCCCCUGCUCCGCCCGCGGUCUCCCCGAUCAUCAAGAAUGCCAUCUCCCUGCCCCAGCUCAACCAGGCUGCCUACGACAGCCUCGUGGUGGGCAAAUUCACCUUUGACCGCAGCCCUGCCAACUCCACGGACGGCCGCUCCAGUUACGGCGUGGACUCUGGGUUCUGCACUAUCUCCCGCCUGCCUCGCCAGGAAAAGCCUCGUGACCGAGACCAUGGUAGUACCUUCCCCUCUGAGUCCGGCCUUCGCCGCUCUGACUCCCUUCUGUCCUUCCGCCUGGACCUCGACCUUGGGCCAUCGCUCCUCAGUGAGCUGCUGGGGGUCAUGAGCCUUUCAGAAGCCUCUGCCGCUGAGACCCCAGCCCCUGCCACAAGCCCCCCAGCCCCUGCCUCAAGACCCCCGGCCCUUGCCACAAGCUCCCCAGCCCGUGCUGCAAGCCCCCUGGCCCCUGCUGCAAGCCCCCCGGCCCCUGCCUCAAGCCCCCAACCCCGUGGAUACUGCCCCAAUGGGGUAACCGCUGGGUUGGGCCCAGUGGCUGAGGUGAGGGCCGGCCCAGUGGAAGAGUAUCCCCGUGCACCUGCUGACGUGGCCCCUGGCAGGCACCGGGGAGCAGGCUGGGGGGACGACCAGGGCAGCCGCCACUACACUGGGAUAGAUGCCUGGAGCCAGGAGCUAGGGGGGGUGCUGCCCCAGGCUCGGGCUUCUUGGGAGAGCCUAGAUGAAGAGUGGGGUGCACCCCAGGCAGGCAGCAGGGCCCCUGUGCCCAGCACAGUGCAAGCAAACACCUUCGAGUUUGCGGAUGCUGAGGAGGACGAUGAAGUCAAAGUGUGAGUGGCCGGCCAUGGGCUCAGGACCCUGCCGGGGCUCAGGGCACCACCCAGGAACAGCCCAGGUACAGAGCCAGCGCCUGAUAACUAAGUCCUGCCCAUGAUCGAUGGGAGAACGCAGUUGCCCCCCAGCCCCUCCACACCUCUGCAGGACAGACAUGGGAGGGAGGCCAGAGGAGACCAGCCUUGUUCUUGGUCCUGCUGGGCUGCCUUGCCCAGCCCCCCUGCCACUCUGGACCCACGGCCAUUCCUUAGGCCCACCCCCAACCCUGUGCCACCCCCACUGGUUGGAGGGCCCAGCCUCACAGUGCAGCUUUUGUGCUGGAAAAACUGUCCUUGCUGGGGGGUGGGGGUGCGGGGUGCAUACCACACAGAGCCUUUGUUUCCUCUCCCAAAGGGACCACCUGCCCCAGCCCUCCUAGAGCUGCCCCCAGGAGGGUCCCUGCUGCAUCCCUGAGAGCCCCAGCCCUUGCUAAGGCUGCUUCCCCAACGUUCCAACCCUAACCCCUGACUUAUCCCAGAAGUCUCAGAAAAAAGUCAGGUGUGACCUCACAGGGGAGGAAUCCCACCUUCCUGUGCACCCCAGACCUGCUUCUGGGUCCUGAUUAAAAAAGGCUUUUUGAUAAAA